GUAGUUAGACUGCGGAUAGGUGUAGCUGUACACUGCUCUGCUUUACUUCUUAUAAUGUAAAUAAGCUCUUUAUUAUAAUUACAUUUCACUCAUUAUAACACGUCACAGUUUAAAAUGAACAAGACAGAAGGUCUGCGAUACAGGAGGACAAACAGACCUCAAAUUAUCACUGAUGAGUCUAAUGAACCCCAAUUAAAAAACACCAGCUCAUACAGCGGGAGAGUGUUUCGGGUCACUCUGCUUUCCCUGGCUGUGUUACUGAUCAUGCCAGUUCUGGUAGUCACUUUCAUCCUUGAGUCCCCUAUUCAGCCCGAGGCCUUCAGUCUUAAUGAGCCACCCCUUAUGGCUGGCUGCUUCGAACCCAACCUAAAGCUGAGACGGGCAGAGAGGCUGUUUGAAGACCAGCUCGUUGGACCUGAAUCCAUUGCCAAUAUCGGAGAUGUUUUGUACACUGGCACUGCAGAUGGAAAGAUUGUGAAAAUUGAUGGAAGGAAAAUCAGUGUUGUGGCAACUCUUGGCAAACCCCCAUGUGGGUCUCCUGAUCAUGAGCACACUUGUGGCCGGCCGCUUGGAAUCAAAGUGGGUCCAAAUGGCACACUGUUUGUGGCUGAUGCCUACCUGGGGCUGUUUGAGAUCAAUCCUACUACAGGUGAAUCAACACAUCUGGUGAGUACAAAUAAGCUAGUAGGUGGUCGGCCCCUCUCUUUUGUGAAUGACCUGGCUGUGACUAGUGAUGGAAAGAAGGUGUACUUCACUGAUUCGAGCAGCAAGUGGCAGCGUAGAGACUUUAUGAAACUCAUCAUGGAGGCCACAGCAGAUGGGCGGGUUCUGGAGUAUGAUACAGAUACUAAAGAGGUUACUGUGGUGAUGGAGAACCUGCGUUUUCCUAAUGGAAUCCAGCUUCUUCCUGAUGAAGAGUCUGUUCUUGUUGCUGAAACUACAAUGGCAAGGAUACGGAGGGUACAUGUGGCUGGUCUUAAUAAAGGAGGGAUGGACACCUUUAUAGAAAACCUUCCUGGCUUCCCUGACAACAUCCGACGCAGCUCAUCUGGCGGUUAUUGGGUGGCCAUGUCUGCCGUUCGUCCAAACCCAGGCUUCUCUAUGCUUGACUUCUUGUCCCAAAGACCCUGGAUUAAGAAUCUCAUAUUUAAGCUUUUUAGCCAGGAAACACUGCUGAAGUUUGUGCCACGCUACAGUCUGGUGGUGGAGCUGCACGAUGGAGGAGUAUGUGUGCGCAGUUUUCACGACCCGCACGGUACCGUAGCAGCAUACGUCAGUGAGGCCCAUGAGCAUGAUGGCCACCUUUACAUCGGCUCCUUCCGCUCUCCCUACCUGUGUAGACUGGACCUGAGCAAAGUGUGAAAUAUGGUUACAUAGCUCAGCACAACAGGAACCAGUGGUCAUGAAGGCAUUUCUUUCCCAAGGCACGCAGCGUCAAGUAAAGGAGCAAUUAACACUACUAUGAAAUAAACUGCUGUACUCAGUACUCCCUUCCAUAUUUAUCUUCAUCCCUCUACUAGACUAAACUGCCUGAGCCCCUCCAUUCCUGCAAUGUCUACUUCUGUUAUUUUAGCUCUUAUGUUUAGAUAUUUUAACUGCAAAGUAAUGCAAGUGUUUACACACACACUUCUGGAGAUUUAGAUUCAGAUUUUGUUUUCCUUGACAGCAGGUGCACAAUGUUAUGAAAUGUAAGCUGGGAGCAGUGAAACAGUAUUACAUGUUCUAAUCUUGGCCAGUAGGACCACAAGAUUGAAAAGUACAGUAUUAGUUUAAAUGAAUCAGUGUAAUGAGUCUGAGCUUCUGUUUGUAAAGAUGAUUUGAGCUCCAAAAAUUGAACAUUAAACCGGCAAUAAAUUCCA